AUGGCUUCUAUCUGGUAUUGCAUUUUAUUCAUUCCUAUGCGCAUUCAAUUGCGGUAUCGACGUAGUGGCUACCAUCAAUGUCGGUAUGAGUAUCGAGGGUAUGGACCGAAAAACUCACGAUUCUCUGAAGCUUACGUCUGGGCUCGAGGCGGUCAUACUCGGCACAAUGGUCAUGGAUACCCUGGUUAUGGGAGCUUGCCUGGUAUUUUCUUGCAAAAUAUAUACGGAUCUCCGAGCGAACUUGUACUCUCAACUGAUGAAUGGAG